GAUUGGUCCUUCUCCGUUACGUGGGGUCCUGCAGCAUGGGGCGGGAAUGCCACACGGUGGUGACGUCACUGGGCAUGGUGCGGUCUGUCGGUCGCACUGGGCGCUGUUUAGUUCCUUGCCAGCUUGGCUCUUGGGAUGUUGUGUGCUGGCCGCAAAGCCUCUACCCAGCGAGUGGCACUGACAGCUGGAACUAGAACUGCUCCGCUGUGUGUCGUACGCUCUAGGGUGCUGCACUCUGGGAGAUUCUCAUUUAGCUUGAAUGGCGGGACCUGGAACAGGAGGUUCUGAGUUAUAUCCCUGCUACCACUGAUGAGCACUGGGCUGGAGUUCAGCUGGCUGAGGGCCCUGGGCGAGGACUGGAACAGUGACAAAAGUGACAUGCAAAUUGGAAAGAAAACAAAAGAAGAGGGGAAAGAAUUAGUGACGGAGACAAGAGAAUAUUUUGGUCUACAGAUUGAAGGUACUGAGACCAUAGCAGAAAACACACUCCAGUGCAAAGAAGAUGCAGCUGCUGUGUCAGAAGUGGUUUCUAGAUGUCUCAAAAACAUUCCAGAAGGAUGGGAGAAGAUCACAAAGCAACGACAAUCAGGCAAAACUGCAGGGAAAUAUGAUGUUUAUUUCAUCAGUCCUCAAGGAGCAAAGUUAAGAUCCAGACGUGCACUUGUGGCGUAUUUUAGUAAAAAUGGAGAGACUGUUCUUAAACCAGAAGAUUUUGACUUUACUGCUCCUGUUCAGAACAAAACUCGAUCAAGAGCCAAAGGAUUUGGUGCAGAAGCUGUGGGACCAAGAUUACAGAAUAAAGAAUGUAACAGUAAAGUGCUGGAUCUUAGUGUGCAAAGUAAUAAAGAAGAACUUAAAGUUUUGGAAUUGCAGACCAGUAAUGAACAGCUAGAAAACAUUUCCAUCCAUCUGCAGGGCAGGGAGGACUUGGUCAUUAAAGACAUUAAGCCAAAGGACUGUUGCAUAAAGCCCAAAGAAAAAAGAGCAGUUGGAAGAAGGGCUCAAGUUAAGAAAGCUAGAAAGGGCUCAGAAAAGAGGAAUCCAGAUCACAGCCAAAAUAAAAGGCAGAGAAAAGCAUCAUGUAAUAAUCAAGAGGCUGAGGGCAGCCAAAUCAAAAAAUUCCGGCAAAAGAAAGAUGUUUGUGUUUCUGAUAGAGGCAGAAUAGACAAUCAGAACCCCACAGAUAUUGGAAAAGCAAACCCACUUUCAAAGGAUGACAUGAUGACUUCAGGAUCACAAUCUGAGAUGCUUCUUGAACCAGUAACUGCUCUCUCAGAAACAGAGUCAAGAACCAUGGGACAGUUAGGAUAUGCAGAGAAGAGUUCUGAUGAUGCAGCUGCUACGAAAUCUGACAAGAACAUUGCAGAAAGAGAAGGAUCGAGUGUGUUUGUGAAUGAGAAGGAUAGGGUGCAUUCGGGUAACCAGGAUUUCAAACCUGGCACUGAAACAGACAUUAGCAUUUCACAGCCUUGUGACAAGAAAAGCUUUACAUCAGUGAAAAUUCUGCAAGAAGACUAUGUCCCAAGAACACAAGUAGAGAGAAGGAAAACCAGUCCAUAUUUUUCUAGUAAAUACAGUAAAGAAGCUCCAAGCCCACCAAGAAGGAAGGCCUUCAGGAAAUGGACUCCUCCUCGGUCUCCAUUUAAUUUGGUCCAAGAAACGCUCUUCCAUGAUCCGUGGAAGCUCCUCAUCGCAACCAUAUUUCUCAAUAAGACCUCAGGUAAGAUGGCAAUACCUGUGCUCUGGGAGUUUCUGGAGAAAUAUCCUUCCCCUGAGGUAGCAAGAACUGCAGACUGGAAAGAAAUGUCAGAGUUGCUUAAACCUCUUGGCCUCUAUGAACUCAGAGCGAAGACCAUUAUCAAAUUUUCAGAUGAGUAUCUGACCAAGCAAUGGAGGUAUCCUAUUGAGCUGCAUGGGAUUGGAAAGUAUGGCAAUGAUUCAUACAGAAUCUUCUGUGUCAAUGAAUGGAAGGAGGUACAUCCACAAGAUCACAAGUUAAAUACAUACCAAGCAUGGCUCUGGGAAAACCAUGAAAAAAUGAGUCUUAAUUGAAAAAUGCAGAUGUUUUUAUAUAGCUUCACUUUUUGGUACUUACCACCUCGUUCUUGUCUAUAUGUACACAUGAAAUGGAAACAUCCUAUAUUCUCUUUACACAUUUGUAGUUCUGAUCAUUGAGUGCUUAAUUCCAAUACUUGAUCGUGUUUAACAUGUUUUCGAACCCACAUAAUCAUUGUAAUUAAAAGCUGAUAAACACUGAUAUUUUAAAAUAAAUUU